AUUUUGCAGGAAAUACAGGGACAGAAAGGUAAUUUCGGUAAAACCUAAUGCUCUUCGUCAGAAAUGCGAUUAAUCUUUCACUCCUCCAGUUCCUCCCUCUCUUUCCUUCCGUACAUUCGGGAACUCCUUCCUCAGGUCACCACAUUGAUUUGCUAACAUGGCAGAUGGUACACAGCAUCCGUCUGUAUAUCAAAAGAUACAUGGACAAUCUUACCUCCUCUCUCAGAUUUCUCCGGACAUGCACUCUAGGAAUGCUGUUUUACCCAAUUUGACUGGUACAUAUGUCAACGGAGGUCUGCAAAGCCAUUUCUUGCUAUCAUACCAAGGGACUGGACUUGGAACCAUAUCACCGAUAUCUUCUUUUAUGAUUCCUGCUCCACUCGAAAAGGAUAAAGGCUUUUCCAGUUUUAUGGUGGAUUUCCUCAUGGGAGGAGUUUCUGCUGCUGUCUCCAAGACGGCUGCUGCUCCAAUAGAGAGAGUUAAGCUCUUGAUUCAGAAUCAGGAUGAAAUGAUCAAAUCUGGUCGGUUGUCUGAACCAUACAAAGGGAUUGGUGACUGCUUUGCCCGAACAAUAAAGGAUGAAGGAGUAGUUUCUCUCUGGAGAGGCAACACUGCAAAUGUUAUCAGAUACUUCCCCACCCAGGCCUUAAACUUUGCUUUCAAAGACUACUUCAAGAGGCUUUUUAACUUCAAGAAAGACAGGGAUGGCUACUGGAAAUGGUUUGCAGGAAACUUGGCAUCAGGUGGUGCUGCUGGUGCCUCGUCUCUACUGUUUGUCUACUCUCUUGAUUAUGCUAGAACAAGGUUGGCAAAUGAUGCUAAGGCUGCCAAAAAGGGUGGUGAAAGGCAGUUUAAUGGUUUGAUUGAUGUUUACAAAAAAACACUCAAAUCUGAUGGCCUUUCUGGGCUUUACCGUGGAUUUAAUAUCUCAUGUGUUGGAAUUAUUCUCUACCGUGGGCUAUACUUUGGAAUGUAUGAUUCAUUGAAACCUAUAGUUCUGGUUGGUUCAUUGCAGGAUAACUUCUUCGCCAGUUUCUUGCUGGGAUGGGGUAUAACAAUUGGUGCCGGGUUAGCCUCCUACCCAAUUGACACUGUGCGUAGAAGAAUGAUGAUGACCUCGGGAGAGUCUGUCAAAUAUAAGAGCUCCAUGGAUGCAUUUUCACAGAUCAUCAAGAACGAAGGGGCUAAAUCACUCUUCAAGGGUGCUGGAGCCAACAUUCUGCGUGCUGUUGCUGGCGCCGGUGUACUUGCUGGCUACGACAAAUUACAGGUCAUUGUUUUUGGCAAGAAAUAUGGCUCUGGCGGUGGUGGUUAAUUAUCUUCCUGCUGAUAAUGACGAAUGCAUGUUUUAUAUAGUUGUGGAGAAAUAUUUUUACUGGAAAUCCCAUGUUAGUAUACGCGAGCUUUUAAUUGGGAAAUUUGAUUGCUGUUAUGUGAGGAUUUUGUCUCAAGACUAUAACUUUGCGUGCUUUUAUGAAGGAAUAAUUUUGGUACCCUUAAAAUA